GGUCUUCCUGUUGGAUUGUAAAAUGGCGCAUUGUUGUCGCCGCCGUACCGAGUAUAUUUGAUAAAGAUUAUAUUUUUCAUUUUAAUUUUUAAAACGCUUGCGCAGAUCAUAAUGUAACUUGUGCAUAGAGCAGCAGUAGAUUGACCAGAGGGGUUCAUUCAUUUCGUGCACACUGCGUCUUUGCAACAGCUUACCGGGUAAACAUUGGUUGUUAGCAUUAGCUAACUGCUAAGCUAAUAUUCACUGCAGACCAGCUAAACAAAUAUAACGAGAUGGGUUAUUUAAAACUGAUAGAGAUCGAAAAUUUCAAGUCGUAUAAAGGAAGGCAGAUUAUCGGACCUUUUCACAAGUUUACUGCAAUCAUCGGACCCAAUGGAUCUGGAAAGUCCAACCUUAUGGAUGCCAUCAGCUUCGUGUUGGCAGAGAAGACAAGUAACCUGCGUGUGAAGACUCUGAAGGAUCUAAUCCAUGGAGCGCCUGUAGGGAAGCCAGCUGCCAACAGAGCCUUUGUCAGUAUGGUGUACCAGGAAGAUAAUGGAGAAGAACGUGCCUUCACAAGAGUCAUUAUUGGUUCUUCCUCUGAGUAUCGCAUCAACAAUAAAGUAGUGGGCCUGCCUGAAUACAGUGAAGAAUUGGAAAAACUUGGAAUUCUGAUAAAGGCUAGGAACUUCUUGGUCUUUCAGGGAGCUGUUGAGUCUAUUGCCAUGAAGAACCCCAAAGAGCGUACAGCGCUGUUUGAAGAGAUCUCCCGUUCAGGAGAGCUGGCCCAGGAGUAUGACCGGAGGAAGAAGGAGAUGGUGAAAGCAGAGGAGGACACGCAGUUCAACUAUCAUCGCAAGAAAAACAUCGCUGCAGAGCGCAAAGAGGCUAAGCAAGAGAAAGAAGAGGCCGAGCGUUACCAGCGUCUUAAGGAUGAAGUAGCCAGAGCUAGUGUACAGUUGCAGCUCUUCAAACUGUACCACAAUGAGACUGAGAUCGAGAGGCUGAACAAAGAGCUUGGGCAGCGGAACAAGGAGAUUGAUAAGGACCGUAAAAAGAUGGACCAUGUGGAGGAGGAGCUGAAGGACAAGAAGAAGGAGCUGGGCAGGCUGAUGAGGGAGCAACAGACCAUUGAGAAAGAAAUUAAGGAGAAGGACUCUGAGUUGAACCAAAAGAGGCCUCAGUACAUCAAAGCCAAAGAGAAUACCUCACACAAAAUCAAGAAGCUUGAGGCAGCAAGAAAAUCACUGCAAAAUGCCCAGAAGAUGUACAAGAAGCGGAAGGCAGACAUGGAUGAGCUGGAUAAAGAGAUGAGGGCAGUGGAGCUGGCUAAGCAAGAGUUUGAGGAAAGAAUGGAGGAGGAGGCGCAGAGUCAAGGCCAGGAUCUCACCUUGGAGGAAAAUCAGGUGAAGCAGUAUCAUCGUCUGAAGGAGGAGGCCAGCAAACGUGCUGCCACGCUGGCACAGGAGCUGGAGAAGUUCAACCGCGACCAGAAGGCUGACCAGGACCGCCUUGACUUAGAGGAGAGAAAGAAAGUGGAGACAGAGGCCAAAAUUAAACAGAAGAUCCGUGAAAUUGAGGAAAACCAGAAACGUAUUGAAAAACUGGAGGAUUAUAUUUCCACCAGCAGGCAAUCACUAGAUGAGCAGAAGCGUAUGGAGGAAGAGCUGACUGAGGAAGUGGAGAUGGCCAAAAGGAGGAUCGAUGAGAUCAAUAUGGAGCUUAAUCAGGUGAUGGAGCAGCUUGGAGACGCCAGAAUCGACAGGCAGGAGAACAGUCGCCAGCAACGUAAGGCCGAGAUCAUGGAGAGUAUAAAAAGACUCUAUCCUGGCUCUGUGUAUGGUCGUCUGAUCGACCUGUGUCAGCCCACUCAGAAGAAAUAUCAAAUCGCUGUGACUAAAGUGUUGGGUAAGAACAUGGACGCCAUUAUUGUUGACUCAGAGAAGACUGGCAGAGACUGUAUUCAGUACAUAAAGGAGCAGAGAGGCGAGCCGGAGACCUUCCUUCCUCUUGAUUACCUUGAAGUGAAACCAACUGAUGAGAAACUCAGAGAACUGCGAGGAGCCAAGCUGGUGAUUGAUGUGAUUCGCUAUGAGCCUCCCCACAUCAAAAAAGCUCUGCAGUACGCUUGUGGCAAUGCUCUGGUCUGCGAGAAUGUUGAGGAUGCACGAAGAAUUGCUUUUGGAGGGCCAUACAGGCACAAGACAGUAGCCCUGGACGGUACUCUGUUCCAGAAGUCUGGAGUCAUCUCUGGAGGUGCCAGCGACUUGAAAGCUAAGGCCAGACGAUGGGAUGAGAAGGCAGUGGACAAGCUCAAAGAGAAAAAGGAGAAACUCACUGAAGAGCUCAAGGAGCAAAUGAAGGCCAAGAGGAAGGAGGCAGAGCUCCGUCAGGUGCAGUCUCAGGCCCACGGUCUGCAGAUGAGACUGAAGUACUCACAGAGUGAUCUGGAGCAGACAAAAACCCGUCACCUCUCCCUCAAUAUGCAGGAGAAGUCUAAGCUAGAGAGUGAAUUGGCAAACUUUGGCCCUCGCAUCAAUGACAUCAAGAGGAUCAUCCAGUCCCGUGAGCGGGAAAUCACUGACUUGCGAGACCGCAUGAACCUGGUGGAGGAUGAGGUGUUUGUGGAAUUCUGUAAGGAGAUUGGAGUGAGGAAUAUCAGAGAGUUUGAGGAGGAAAAAGUGAAGAGGCAGAAUGAGAUUGCAAAGAAGCGUCUUGAGUUUGAGACUCAAAAGACCCGCCUGGGUAUCCAGUUGGACUAUGAGAAGAAUCAGCUGAAGGAAGACCAGGAGAAGGUCAUGAUGUGGGAGCAGACUGUGAAGAAGGACGAGGCUGAAAUCGAGAGACUUAAAAAGGAGGAGCACAGACACAUGAAAAUCAUUGAUGAGACAAUGGCCCAGCUGCAGGACCUGAAGAACCAGCAUCUCACCAAGAAAUCUGAAGUCAAUGAUAAAAAUCACGAGAUGGAGGAGAUCCGCAAAAAACUGGGUGGUGCAAACAAGGAGUUGACUCAGCUCCAGAAGGAGGUCACUGCCAUUGAGACCAAACUGGAGCAGAAGCGCAGUGACCGUCACAACCUGCUGCAAGCCUGCAAAAUGCAGGAUAUCAGGUUGCCUCUUCGUUCUGGAACAAUGGAUGAUAUCAGCCAGGGAGAGGGGAGUUCCCAGACAGAUGAGUCCAGCAGCCAAAGGACAUCCAGCAGUGUUUUGGCCAAAGAGGCUCUUAUAGAAAUUGACUACAGCAACCUGUCUGAAGACCUCAAGGAUGCACUGUCAGAGGAAGAGAUCAAGGCUGAGACGAACACACUGCAGCAACGUCUGAAUGAGCAGCAGAGCAUCCUGCAGAGAAUCAGUGCACCCAACAUGAAGGCUAUGGAGAAGCUUGAGAGUGUCAGGGACAAAUUCCAAGAGACCAGUGAUGAGUUUGAGGCUGCUCGGAAAAGAGCCAAGAAGGCCAAGCAAGCCUUUGAGCAGAUCAAGAAGGAAAGAUUUGAUCGCUUUAAUAACUGUUUUGAGUCUGUGUCCACCAAUAUCGAUGAGAUCUACAAGGCUCUGUCACGCAACAGUAGUGCUCAGGCAUUUUUAGGUCCAGAAAACCCAGAGGAACCAUAUUUGGAUGGUAUCAAUUAUAACUGUGUGGCCCCAGGCAAGAGGUUCAGACCAAUGGACAACUUGUCAGGAGGAGAGAAAACUGUUGCCGCCCUGGCUCUGCUCUUCGCUAUUCACAGCUACAAACCCGCCCCCUUCUUUGUGCUGGAUGAGAUUGAUGCAGCUCUGGACAACACUAAUAUUGGCAAGGUGGCCAACUACAUCAAAGACCAGUCAAUGGAGAACUUCCAGGCCAUUGUCAUUUCUCUGAAGGAGGAAUUCUACACCAAGGCAGACUCUCUCAUAGGUGUUUAUCCAGAGCAAGGAGACUGCGUCAUAAGCAAAGUGCUAACCUUUGACCUCUCGCAAUAUCCUGAUGCCAACCCAAAUCCAAAUGAGUAAGACUAGCUCUCCCAGCACUGGUAUUUUGUGAAGUUGGAUGUUUCCAUGGUUACUUUUUCUGGAUUGCUCAUUGUAACCUUGUAGUCACAGAUGAUGUAUCCAUUAGGUCUCACAUGUUAUUUCUUUAAAAAAAAAAAACAUUAGAGUAGUGACUUAUUGAGCUUCAGUUGUUUUUUUUUUUCUUUAUAGACCGUAAUGACCAGGAUGUAUGUACAUUUAUAAAAACCAGUCCUUUAUCAGUUUUCCAAUAUAAUUGUGUGGGGUGCUUUUUAAGAAGCUGUAGAAUUUGUAUCAUGUGGUUAAGUGUCUCGAACAUCCCUAAAGCCUUUUAUACUGUUCAUGGCCGUAUUUCCAGCUGUGUGCUUUAAAGCUCUUGCCUGUUUCCUCUUCUCUGUACUUAACUGCAAUUUCAUAUGUGCGCCUAUGUUUGUUUGUUUUUUAAAGCUUAAUGAGGAAUCUGUUGUUACAGUAUGAUGGAUACAUUCCCAUGUGCAAAAGCUAAAUAAAACCUGCAGUUAGCAGCAGCAGCAGCUGGCAGAGCUGUUAUGAGAUCAUGGAACUGAGGCUAUUACUGCUCUGCUACUUAGAAAUUUUUUUUUAUUCCCUGAGUAAUAUUCUGAAUCAACUUUGGUAGGCAGAACUCAGCAUGAGUUCAUGCUGAAACUGUUCGGCCUGUUUUAUCGAUUGCUUUGCUUCAAUAAAUUUUGAAUUAUUUAAACUCGUUUAUCUUGUUUACUUCAUAAUACAUUCUUGCAACUCAUGUGCUGUUUUGUAAUUUCAUGGGGCUGUUUUUAAAGUAGCUUUCAUAUGAAUAUGUUUGAACCGAUCCACAGUGCAGCAUUUAUUUUGCUGCACUAGUUUAUAUUCCGUAAGGGGGAAUAGGGCUUUGGUAGGCGAGGCUAUUUAUAGUCCUUGUUUUCACACAAACGUCUACAGAGGCACCAAUGAAAGCGUGCACUUUGCUUCUCAAUAAAGCCUGUCUGCAUUAACUCGUUGCACAAG